AUGGGAGGUCCGCACAGUCAAUUGUUGCUAUGGGCGGCUAGAUAUCCGCAUUUACGCCCCAACUCACAGCGACUGUUGCGAGGUCUCUAUACUUCUGCUCAAUCUUCGAAGCAGCCACACGACCCAUCGCCAUCAGAGCUGCUACGAUUCAUUUUAAAUGAUUCAACGAAUUCUAUUGAAAGUUUGGACUCCGGUGUGGCUUCGCCCUCAUACUUGCACGAGCUUUUCUCUACGCAAUGGAAGUCCAAUUCCCCACCGGCCCCAUUGUGGACUUCUCUUAAAGGACUCGCCCCGCACAACGAAGAGCUACUGCGGGGCCUCAGGACACAUGUCUCCAAUCUAUCUUCAUUACGGAAUCUCAUUGAAAGAUAUGCCAAUAAUGAGAAUGGUGCUGCACUAUUGCAAACUAAAGAAGGCACGUUGCUACGACUUGCUCUACAGCGCUGUCAACGGCAAAACACCUUGCCGGAGAUUCUAUCGGUGGUUAGCGACCUUGCUGCGAGGCUCGAUCGCCUUCAGCUCGGUGUUCAUUCUAGCACCUAUACCACUGGAUUAUUAUUGGCAAUGCUCAACCUGUCCACCCCUGCUCUAAGGCAAUUCUUGGCAGCUCAUCGUCUAAAAGAGAUGCCGGCGUUAGGUCUCAGAGAGAGCAUGCGGGUCAUCGAAAGCUGCUCUGAAGCGCUUGAUCGCAAGAGCUUCGAGAAUCCAGCUUAUGAUCGAAGUCUCAUGCUUGCGGAAAUCACUGGGGAGGGAGACUUCAUCGCUCGCGAUCGUCCUAGAUUACAUGAUAUCUUGUACUGGACGCAACCUCGGGACCAGGAGGACGCACGAUACACCUCCCAGCUUAGUGCUCAAGAAUACAUUUGCCUUCUUGCCAAGCUUGGGAGUGUAGAAGUACUUCGCACAUGCUGGGGCAACUUCUUGAAAAACAUUCAACCCAAGAAUCAUCAUAGCUGCUUCGCUGCAUAUCAGAUUGUGAUGACUUUGAUCCAAGCUGCUAAUGCCAGGGUCGCAGUCAAGUAUUUGGAGGACAUCUCCCAACAUUGCGGCGACAACCUGCCCUUCAUCUCAAAGUUUUCGGGCCUCCAAAUGUUGAUUGACGACCCCGUUGUAGGCGAAGCGCUUCCUGAUUUAGUGCGGGGAGGAGAUUACAUCGAACUACUCGACGCUCAGCUUGAAAACAUGGACCAACAAAUGGGAAUCCAGUGGAGUUUCGAGCGCCAAGAACAUUCUAGUGCAGCCCUAGAACCCCCCGAGACAAUAUGGGAAGCUUUUGGCGACCAACUUGCGCCCAACCUCGGUGCCGGAUAUACCAAAGCGAGCCAUGAAAGCCAAUUGUAUGCGGGACUUCGCGCGCACGGCUGCUCCAAAUCGCCAGCCACAUUGAACAAGAUUGUCGAUCUACUGCACGACCACAAUGGGCAACCAAUAGAGAUAAACACCUACCUUGAUUACAGCAAAGAGCGACUGCGGGAAUUCCGCUCGAAGUUCGGAUCCGUUGAGUUUCGGUGGAACCCGGAGCACUCACCGAUAGAAUUCUCUCGCUCUCGGAUUCCCACUCUGCAUAAUCUCGCUCAGCCUAGCACUCCACUGACCCUUGGGCUCAUCCGGGCCCGUCUGAUAGUUGGCGGAGUCCCUCAGUCGGGAGUUGACUCCCUGAGUCUCAUGCAAGUUGGCUGCAUAGAUGUGCGGUACGGAGUUAACGAGUCAUGGCAGUCAUCCAGCUACAUUAUGGUGUGGGACCGACAUUUCGGUGAGCUGCUCGGGCUUCACGUCGGACGAACCACGGGGAUUAUCGACGACGGGCCAGUAUCAGUUGGCCCCUUUGGUGCUUUGAUGCAUAUCAGGCUCUCGUCAAAUUCUGAUCCAUGGGAAUUGCCUCCUAGUGAGACUGCAAAUCCUCGCAAUUGCUGGGGACCUUACCACCUGGACCUCGAUCCCAGUCUCGAUCUGGCCCUCGAUCUUCCCGGUAGAGUGGGCGUGAUAUAA